AGCAGAGGCAGAGGCUCUUCUCACUCCGUGUUUCGCCAACGCAACCAUCACCAUGAGAACCAGGUUCGGUGUUUUCUUCUUCGUGUGUGCGAUCUUGGCCGUCCACGUGGCACGCUCCUCAUCAGCCACGCUCGAUUUCGACUCACUCUUCCUCCCUCUCAAGUCCGGCUGCCGCGGAUCCGUCGCCGAGUGCAGCCUCCUCGACGAGGAGUUCCUCAUGGACUCCGAGACCAACCGGCGCAUUCUAGCAGGAAGGAGAUACAUAAGCUACGGUGCGCUGAGGAGGAACACUGUCCCCUGCUCCCGACGCGGCGCUUCCUACUACAAUUGCCGCCCCGGCGCCCAGGCCAACCCCUACCGCCGCGGAUGCAGCGCUAUCACCAGAUGCAGGCGUUGAAAUCAAAUCAUCCCUCUUAUUUUACUUUAUUUAUUUUUUUAUUUCAUUUUUGUAAUUCAUCAAAAUUUGUUAUUGUCAUGCUACUACAUAUACACGACUAGAGAAGAGAAGUAGCUAGAGUUGAAUAAAACGUAAUCGCCGUCUCUAUCUCUCUUGUAAUUUUAUUUUAGCUACACAUAUUGUUAUUAUUAUUAUUAUUAUCACCGAUUGUUGUUCGGCCAAGUCUAAAUUAUUUUUAUUUUUAUUCUUAUCGAUCGUCGGUGGUGGUUUCGCUUUGGAAUGUAAUGUCAACUCAAAUUAUGUAAUUCCGAGUGGUUUC